AUUGUUCAGUGAUUGGUAGCGGUAAAGCGUCACAGAACUUAGCGUUUAUUUGAGAAACUGAAAAUGGUAAACAAAAUUACUGUUGGAGAUUCCUAAAUAGUUGAAUAAAUUUUAUUUAUUUUGCUGAAACAAUAUCCGUGCAGCUAGAUGUAAUUUUAUUCAAUAAUGGACGGUCUCAAAUCAGACAGUGAGACGGAGCUAACCUCAACGAUGGGCAAUGCCCUGUCAGUGACCAACAAAGAUGAAAAAAACGAUACAAAUGAUGCUACCCCGACUUCAUCGACUGAUGCCAGUACGGCUUCCACAGCUUCACGAAUAGUUUCAGAUGAUCCUAUUAGUAGUACCUCUUGUGAUACUAUUGAUCAGACAAAGGCCUCUGAGAUGAGUCAGUCGGUUACAGAUUUACUGGAAAUGAACAUUCCCAGUGAGAAAAUCACUGAAGAUGUAGAAGAUCUUGUCCAUGACUUGGAAAGCUUGCUUGGCGAAUCUACAGAUUCCUUCAGCAUUCCCCUUCGGACUCCAACAGAAGAGCUGAAAGAAGCUGAAGAUGUGGUCUCUCAAACUUCUGGUGAGCCAAACGAGGAACAAGAUACAGCUGUUACAUGUGAAGAAGAAAUCCAUUCAGAAGAAACUACCCUUACAUUAGAGACUAGUUCUACAUGUAUUGCUUCUGCUCAAGACGUUUCAGAAACAUUUGGCUCAGGUGGUUCUGGCACAAAAAUUGAAACAGAUAUUACUUCAAGCGAAACUUCUCAUGUUGUUGAUGAAAUAGAUGCUGAAGAUGUAGUAGUGAAUGAUCAACCAGAAACCACUGUCAGUGAUGAAGUUUCUGCUCUCGAACAAGAAUCUCAACCAGAAGGCAUUCAAGCGGUUCAAGUAUCUGAAAAGGACAUUGAUGAUUCUAAAGAUGAGCUUUCAUCAAGAGUAUGUGAUAAUAAAGAUAAUUCAGUGAAAAAUUCUGGAGAUAAGAUAGAAGACACUAAAAUAGAAACUGAAAAUGUGGCUGCUGAAGCUGAUCUUGCUGCAGAAAAAGGGGAUCAAGUUGUUGAUUCACAAACAUCCCAUGUUCAGGAAACUGAAUAUGGUAAAAACUUGUCUAGUCAAACUAGCUCCAAAAAUGGGGAAGAAACAAUCAACGAAGAAAAAAACACUACCUUGGUAGAUAAUAGAGUUGAAGAUCAGAAUGUUAUUAGUACACCAGAAUUAAAAAAGGCUGUUGAGCCACAGCAGGAAUCUGGAAAUGUAGAAGGUGAAGGUAAUCCUCAAUUUGGAAAUUCUACAUCAAAAGAAAAUUUUGGGGAUCCAUGUGAAGAAGUUAAGGAUGAUGAACAACCAGUUACCAGUGAGGUAGUUGUAGUUGAACUCCAAGAUCAGAAAACCACUUUGGAAGAUUCUUCUCAAACGGAAGCACAGAGCAGUGUAGAAAUCAGUACAACAGAAUCAACAGUGGCAGACAUCUCUGAAGUAACAAUGCCUGAAAACCCUGAAGGAAUUGUGUCAGGAAUUCCCAUAACUCCGGAAUCUGAAAACCCUGAAACAAGAGAGAUUUGUAAUGAAGCAGUGAAAAAUGAAGAAAUUGGUGGGGACGAUGGGUUUCUUAAUCCAAAUUGUACAGAAACUGCAAAAGUUGAUAACCUUGAUGAAAAUAUGUCAGUAUCAGCUAUGGAAACUGAUGUAGAAGACAAUAUGUCAACAAAUCCAAAUUUGUCAGAAACAGUUGAUAACCUGGAGUCGGAGGCUGCAGGACGUUCAGAAGAUGUUACAACUCCGGUUGAAAAUAUGUGUGAAACUGAUAACCAGACUGCUAAUUCCGAAGUAACAGUUUCAGGAAUUAUUGGAAUUUCUGAAACUAGAGAGAUUUGUAAUGAAUCAGUGAAAAAUGAAGAAAUUGGUGAAGACCAUGAGUUAUAUAAUCCAAAUUGUUCAGAAAGUGCAAAAGUUGAUAACCUUGAUGAAAAUAUGUCAGUAUCAGCUAUGGAAACUGAUGUAGAAGACAAUAUGUCAACAAAUCCAAAUUUGUCAGAAACAGUUGAUAAUCUGGAGUUGGAGGCUGCAGGAUGUUCAGUAGAUGUUACAACCCUGGUUGAAAAUAAGUGUGAUGACCAGACUGCUAAAUCCGAAUCUACAACUUCCUCACUGACAGAAAUAACAGUAUUAGUUCACAAAGAAAUUGCAAAUGACAUGACUGAAAAUGCACCAUUGCUAACUGAAGAAGAAGCUUCUAACAAAACAGAAGUAGAAUGUGGGAGAGGUGAAGAAGUAAAUGCGGAUGAAAACAAGCAUUCAACUUGUUCUGAGCUAGAAUCAAAAGAAACGAAGGACAUACCCAUUUCUGUAACCUCUGAAGAAAUAACUGAUACAGGAGAAAAUGACACUACUGAUGAUAACACCCAACUGAAUGAUAUACAAGAAUGUGGUGGUGAGGGGCCUUUAGUGGGUAUCACAACAAAUAUAUCAAAAAUUGAAGAAAACACAGAAGAUGAAAGACAACCUGAAGGAAUGGUGGUUGAAGACAGCAGUACGGCAGGUGCAAGUAAUAUAAGUGAAAAGUGCUUUGAUGAGCCUCAGUUACAAUAUGAGAAAACUGAUACACUUCUAAGUCAAAGUGAACCAGAUAUUGCUCCUACAACUUCAGACUCACUUGAAUUUGACAUUUCACAAGAUUACAUUAAGCAAGAACAUCAAACUGAUGAUGUCAUCCAAGCAGAAGAAAAUAUUGAGGAUGAUAAGACAUCUAAAGAAAAUGUUGAGGACAAUAUGAUAGCUGUAGAAAUUAUUAAACAAAAAUCUGAAUCAGAUUUGGGUCAAAUUCGAGUUAUAUCUAAUGAAGCAAAUAUAAAUCUAGAUGUGAAAGUCCUAGACCAGAGGAAAGUAGAGAAAAACUUAUCAGUUAAACAUGAGGAAGAAACAAAGGUAAUUGAAGAAACAGUUGAUCAUCAGGAGAUUUCUGAUACCACAACUGUUAAUAAUGAGAUAGAAAUGAAAGUAGUUGAAGACACUGUUAAUUUUCAAGAGGUUUCUGAUACCACUGAAGUUUUGGAUAUUGAAAAGAGUUUGGAUGAUAAACUACCAAAAACUGACAAUAUUUCACAAGAAAAAUUGGAUAUGGAAGGAGUUGAAUGUUCACAAUCAAAUGAUACAGUUUUGGAGAAACAAAUAAAUGAUCCAGAACAAUUGGCAGAAUCUUCUGGUAUCGUCGAGGAAUUAGAAAGCAACGAAAAAUUGGAUGACAAAAACGAACAAAUGGAACAAGCGCCUAAUGGGGAAUCUACUUCUUUUCCUAAUAAAACUGGCUCAUCAGAGGUUGAAAGUGGUUCAUGUAUGGAUGUUAAUGAAGUUGAAGUAAUUAAGGAAUCUGAGGUUCAGGAAAAUUUUGAACCUAAGGUAACUGAAGCUGUGAUAUCUGGUGAAGACACUGAAGAAUUUCUGACACAACCUGAUAGUACCCAAACCAUUGAGAAAACUAUUGAUACCUAUGAAAAAGCUGAUCUAGAAGUUUCAAAAGAACUUUCUGUAAACGAAAUUGUAGUUGAAGAGACUUCUGAAGUUUCAGCAAAUAAUCUGUUCAACACAAAUGUUCAAAAAACUCUUGAAACACCUGUUGAUGAAAUAGUUCCUUUGGAGGUUGUUAAUCCCUCAAAAGAUCUAAUAGAUUCCUGUGAGGAUAAUCCAAAUACAGUAGAAGCUGGAAGCAGACCUGCAAAGAUGAGUCAACUAGAAUUUGCUCCUCUUGAAUUGUCUGAGGAAGAUUCUGAAGAAGAAACAGUUUCAACAUUAGCUUUACCUAUAAAUGAGAACAGUGUACCAGAAGAAGAUAUUGACCAAAAUAUAGAUGAAUCAGAUGAGCUGCCUCAUAUCGAAGAAAUACUUGCAGAUCAACCAGUGUUUGUAGAAUCUACUACAUCUGCAGUGGACAUGCAAGAAAAUCUGGAAACCAUGCUAGCGGUUGCUAGUUUACAGAAAAUAGAUAUUCCAAAAGAUAAUGAGCCUGAACGGUCGUUUAGUGAGAAAGAGAAGAAAGAAAUGGAAGCGCUUAGAAGAGCAGUGGAGAGCAUCACUGAUGAUUCUGUUGGUGCUUAUGUUGAGGAAGUUGAGGAACUUAUAAAUAUUUCUUUGGAGGAGUCAAAUAUUUGUGACACAAAUAUCAGUUUGGAACAACCAGAGUUGAUGGAGGUUCAGGAUAUGGAGGAGGUAAUUAGUCGCACUAAAAUGGAUCCAACUGUGGUAGCUGUAGAUCAAAAUAUGGCUUCAACAGAAAAAAUAGACAUAGUUCAAGACACAGAAUCGACCCUUACAACUGACGAAGGACAAAAUAAACUUGAAGAUACAGAGGUACCAGAUAGUUCUAAAGCCAGGUUUGAAACUACUGAAGUUGUUGGAAAAAUAGAAGAUCCUGUUAUCCAAGAAGACACAAAUACUGCCACAGAUGGAGAUGCAUCAAAGACACAGGAAUUGGAAACACUUGAUGAAAAAGGUGCCAGCAUUAGUCAAGUUGCAGAACAAUCUAAUACUGACUUGAAGACACUGAAAGAAAGUUUAGUUCUAACUGACCAACAGGAUCAGAGCAUCUUGGCUCGUGAUGAAGUAGAAAUCUCAACUACUUCUGCACAAAUUGAGGAACCUAGUGAUGGAGGCAAUUCAAAGUCACAAAGUGAAUUAAUAUUAGAGAAAAAGGAAACUGAGCUAGUUGAUAACAUUGAAGAAAUUUCCUCAGGUCUUGGUGGAGAUGAAUUAUCUGUACCACUGGAAGAUAAAUUUGAAGGGAAUCGAAAUAUUGAAGAAUCAAAUAAAGAAGUUUGUCAGAACGUAAAUCAACAGGAGUGCAUCAGAAUUGAAGAGUCACAAGAAAUUGAACCAUCUCAGAAAUCAGAAGAGGAAUGCGACAAAACUGAUUGUGUCAUUGCACCAUUAUGGGAAGGCAGUUCUCAUCAAGCAAAUGAAGAUAAAGAAUCUCCAGAAACUAAAGAUCCUGAAACUAAAGAAUUCAAAGACAUACAAUCAAGUCUGAAAGUGAAUGAGGUGGAGUGUAAUAAUACUGAACAUGCUGUUCGAAACUCACAAGAACUAGAAGUUACUCAGAAAGAUGAUGAAGAGGAAUCUAAUGACACUGAUACUGCAGCCAUUGAAGAAUUACAAGAAAGUGAAGUCACACAGAAUGUCGAUGAGGAGGAAAUUAGUGAAACUAUUCCUGAAGUUGUAGAAUUGCUAGACAGAGAAGCAAUUCAGAAGGUGGAUAAAUCAAAAACGUUGCAGAGAAGAACAAGCUCAAGACACAGCUUGCCUGAACAAGAGACUCUGAUAGACUCUUCCCAAGUCAUUACGGAAAGUGAAACACCUACUUCUGCUACUGCUAAGGAAAAGGAAGUGAAACCUAAAGCAAAUGAAAGGUCCAAGAGACAUAAGAAAGCUGAAAAUAAACUUGAAGAGCUCAGCAUAAAUGUAGAUGUUCCAGACCGAGAGAAACCCUACAGCCCAAAGAUCACAAUCAAACCCAUUAAAGUACCAGAUGAAGAAGUUAGUACUACAAGUAAUUCAGAAACUGAAGUUGCAAAGGGCAGCCUGAAGAUGACCAUUACUAAACAAUCUGAUAAAUUGCAUUCUGUCCUGAAGGUCUGCGAUUCUGAGAACCCUGAAAGUACUACAGAUGUAGAGGAGCCAAUUCCAAAACUGAUAAUAAAGCCUAAAGUUCAACAAACAGAGCAGCAGCACAGCCCUAAGAUGUCUACUAGGAGUUCCAACCAGAGGUCUUUGAGCCCUAGAGUGACAAUAAAACCAGUUGUUAAGCUAGACAAACAGGAAGGAGUCAGUCCCUUGAAGAUUAAAAUUGGCCUCAAAUCUGAGGAGACUCCCAAAAAACAUAGUUCAAAAAGUAAUUCCAGAUCUGCUUCUAAACAGGAGGAGGAUACUCCUAGAAAGGUUCUGAUUAAACCUAUUGUUAAACCAGUUGAAGAUACUGAGCCCGUUACAAGCCCCCGAAUCACAAUUAAACCCAUACCAAAACCUGAAGCUGAGAAAGAAGUGAUUUCUAGGGUGAAUAUCAAGCCUGUUAGAAAGCAAGACGAGGAAAAUGAAGAGAAAGAGAGGUCAAGUCCGAAAAUAACCAUAAAGCCAGUUGUUAAACCACAAGAAGCGGAUCCACAUUUAGAGGAGGCAGAAGAAGUCAAAGAGAGGAUUGUGUUGAAAAUAAACAAAGGUAAUUUGCCCUCUCCGACGAAGGAUUCGAAAAAAAGGGAGCAUCCUCCCGAUGAUGAGAAAUCUGAAAAGCUGGCCAAGAUUACUGUGAAAUUCUCUAAAGGCGGGGGUCACGCACAUAUCGUCCAACAAUUGGAAGAAACACAUAAGCGACCUCAUGAGGACCAGACUGCUCCAGAAAAGAAUAAGAAACAGAAAGUGGAGAAUGAAUCUACAAUGUCUACAAGGUCCUCAAGGCAUAAAGAAGUUGCAGUGGAAAUAGCACUUGAGGCCAAGUCACGACACAAGGAGCAUGCUGAUGGAAGUGAUAUGAAGUUGAAACAAAAAGACAUUGAAAAUCCUCAAUUUGAAGCAAUCAGAUCUUCCAAACACAAGGAUCUCUCACAAGACUCUCCAACUGAACCCAAGAGGUUGAAAUUGAGCGAAUUUCCGGUGCGGGCAUCAAGGUGUUCUUCCAAAUCCAGACAAAGAGAAAUUGAAACUACUGAGGAAAUUCAGAUAAUUGAAACUAAGUUGAAUUCACCCAUUGUUAUAAGUGAAGAUUCCAGAUCCCAGGAUAGUGGCAGCGUAAUUCUUAUAGACGAAUCCAAAGAGGAACCAUCAUUCAAUUUAACCUUGCAAAAGCUUGGCACAGAUAGUCCUAAAGGAACUCCUAAGUCUGAUUCCGUCAUGACUACUCCAUCUACGACUCCAACACCUAAGAAAAGAGGAAGACCAAGGAAGGUUCCAAUUGAGGUACGUGAAGAAUUCAAAGAACAAGAAGAUUCGGCUUUCAAAAUCAAGUCGAAACAAGAAGGAGAAGAAGAAGGCUCGCUUCAGCAACCGGCAAUCGAAUCUGGUCGUCCAAAGCGAAGCUGCAGGGGUCCUUCUGUCUGUGACAGAUUGGGUAUAAAACCAAGAAAACCUCGCGGUCCUGGAAGGGGACGGGGUGGCAAGAGGGGCAUGGGAACUCGACCGGUGCCAAUGAAGCCAGAAAAGGUGCCGAAGCUAACCAAAGCGAAAUUGAAGUUGCUGCAAAAGGCCGCGCAGGACGAAGCCGAGGCGAGAAAGGCUUUUGGAAAAAACCCGCCAGGAUACACUCUGGGAAGUACAGAAGAUGUGAUAAUCAUAGAAUCAGAGGAUGUAGGAGCUCCGGAAACAAGAAAGAAACCCAAAUUAAAUUUAGACAGUUCAGAUACAGAAGAAGCUAAGGCAUCUACUUCUGAAACGAAGAAAAAAAUCAAGUCUAAGUUUGUGGAAGAUAAAGGAAUACUCCUGAGCUGUUCAGGGCCACAUACAUCUGAAAGUUACCCACAGAAAGUUAUAGAAAGCUCUAAUGAAACUGAUAUUGAAAGAGAACAAAAUCCUUCCUUAGUUGUAAAUGAGGGACAUUCCAUUGUUGAGUCUUCAAUAAAAGAUGAUAAAAAAGUUUCUGAAAACGUUGUGUUUAUAAGUGAACAAGUACCUUUAGAAUUAAAAAAGGAAUUACUCAAUGAAAACAUAUCAGUAGAAGUGAAGUCGGAGCUUAUUACAGCUGGAGAAAUUAGUGAUUGUGUUGUGGACAAUAAUAUAUCUUCAGAAGAGGUUUCUUUUAAGGAUAUCGACAUAGAAGCGAAUUUGUGCAAAAAUACUGAAGAUGUUGCUAUAGAUGUGGAAGACGAAAUACCAUAUUCUAUUCUAGCGCCACCUGGAUCGACUUCGUCGAAAGUCUUCCCUGGUUUAGCUCAGGGUAUGCCAGCAACAGUCCAGCCAUUGCUAACAACGUCUCAGAAAUCCUCCAAUCCAGAACAUUCCUCUGUCUCAAGUACAUCCGGACCAUCUGAAGUUAUGAUGGUUGACGAAGAGACUCGAAUGAGUGCUGAUACCAGCAGUAGGGCACAAACUCCAGCCAAACAGAUGGUGGCUCCAGCAGAUGUGAUCAUAGAUGAAUCUCAGAGUUCAGUCCACAGUACUGCCACGACCGAAAGUGGCAAAACACCUUCCUCUCGCCCAAGCAAAGCACCCCGCCUCGAAGUCCAAGAAACAGNUGCUUCAAAUUUUGUCUAA